UGAGAAAUUUAAUUAGGGAAAUUGAUCGAUCAAUCAGCCGGUACAGGAAAUAUGGGUGUUACCGAGAGAAAUACACAGGAGGCCAAGAUUCCGGUUGUAGAUUUUUCCAAGAUAAUCAACCAUACAAGUAGUACUAGUAGUAGUAGUAGUAGUUGUUGGGUGGAAGCGCGGGCGCAAGUCUGCCAGGCACUGGAAGAGUACGGCUGUUUUGUAGCAACACUGUCAGAUGCUGAUGCUGACGAGUACAACAAAAUCUUUGGGAGCUUAGACGAGCUGUUUGGUUUCCCAAAAGAAAUCAAACUGCAAAACACUUAUGACAAGCCUUUCCGCGGCUACCAUUCCCCUAAUGACGUCCAUGAAGGCUUGGGGAUCGAUGAUCCAACAAACCCUCAAGCAAUUCACAACUUCGCCAACCUCUUUUGGCCCAAUGGAAAUCAUCCUAACUUCUCUGAAAGUGCUGAUGGGUAUGCGAAAGUGGUGGUGAGGCUAGAUGAGACUGUGACGAGAAUGAUAUUUGAACACUACGGCGUGGACAACAAAUGGUGCGAGAGUCAUAUUGGAGCAACUGAUUAUGUACUGCGACUGCACAAAUAUGAUGGAGCAGGAGCAGCAGGUGAGGAGCACAUGGCGCUUCCUGAGCACACCGACAUGAACCUCACCACCAUAAUUCAUCAGAAUCAUGUCAAUGGCUUGGAGGUGAAGAUUGCAAACGGUGACUGGGUUCCUUUUGAUGUAUCGCCUAAUUCGUUUAUAUUCAUGACCGGCGAUGGCUUCCAGGUGUGGAGCAAUGACAGAAUAAAACCUUGCGUGCAUCGAGUGAUGAUGAGCGACAAGGAAGUGAGAUACUCGGUGUUGCUGUCGACAUUUCACAGUGGAACCAUAAGUGUGCCGGAGGAGCUCAUCGAUGAUCAACACCCUUUACGAUAUAAGCCAUUGAACCAUCUUCAGUAUCUGGCCUCACAGCUCGGUCAAAACUACAGGGUUUGUGUUAACAACUUCUGUGGUCUUUGAUUUCAUUUAUACUAUUAUUGAUUUGGCAAGACUAUGCAAGCUUGCCUGACAGUACCCUAUAUUUUAAAGUAAUUAAAUAAAUGAAACAACACCAAUGAAGUGGGAACCCUCCCUGUCGACUGUCACUGGUUGUAUGUGUACAAGCAAGACAAUAUAUAUAUAUAUAUAUAU